UUCCACCAAAGCCCUCUAUCUAUCACGUGCCAACUCAACUCCCAUGAUCCCAACCCUUGUCGGCACAUGUCCCCAAGGAGCCAAGCCAGCCAUCUUUCAUUUGUAUCACUGCGAAUAAGCAAACGAGCUGUCGCCUGUCAGCUCCAACCACCUGUACCAUACACAUUUGUCCCCCAGUUUCGUGAUCUCCCAACCCUGUACGUCGUAGGUCGCAUUUCCUCUCCUCAAACUGUUCACUUCUCCCGCGCGCCGAGCCGGCAUCGUCGGAAUUGGCCUUUUCGCAUGCAAGCAAGCAUACUCUCACGACGCGCCUUCUGCUAGACUCCCAUCGUUCUCACUUUUUUUUUCUACGUCUGUGUCCCUGUACCCCGCCUGCCAGUUGCGGCGCAGCGGUAUAUAACAUCGCCAGCAGCAGCUUCGCGCUCACGUCUCACGUUUCUGUACUACGACGGCGUCCUUGUUCCUAUCUUAAAAUCCCCUUCUUCUUUCUCUAUCAAAAUCUAAUGCACCAUGCCCGCCCCAUCAACGCCCUCCUCAAACCGCUGGACCCUCUCCUGGACCUCCUCCUCCCCACCCGCCACGCCCCUCCUCGCAGGUAUCACACGCUCCUUCAUCGCCACCCCCUCCGGCCCCCUCGAGCUCCUCAGCGCAACCCCCGAUCUCACCCGUCCCCGCAUCGUCCAGUCCCCCAUCCUCGAAUCGCCCAUCCUUUUCGUCCAUGGCGGCUUCGGCUGCGCCGCCGUCUUUUUGCCGUGGCUCAACCUCCUCGCUAACCAUGGGUAUAACGUCCACGCCCUAAGUAUCCGCGGGCAUGGCCACUCAUGGACACCCGGGUUCCUCCGCAUGACUUUCCUGACUACUGCAUACGCCCUGGCGACAGACAUCCGCGCCGCCAUCGCGCAUCUGGAGACGCUGUACGGUGCGCGCGGCGAGGUUGUGUUAGCGGGCCAUAGCUCAGGCGGAGGGCUCGUGCAGAUCGUCUGCGACCAGGAGCUGGCGAGGGUACAGGCCUUGGCGUUGCUGGCUGGGACGCCGAGUUUUGGGGCUGACCAUGUGUACCGCGCGUGGUGGGCUCUGGAUCCGCUGUUUCUGCCGCGGAUGUUCCUGCGGGACUGGCUGCAUCCGCGGUCGCCGCUAUCGUCGAGCGACCUGGUUAAAUCGGCGUUCUUUUGUCCAUCGUUCCCGAUUGAUUGGGUGAAGCCAUUUGAGAAGCUCAUGCCGGAGUAUGAGAGUCUGAGGUGGCCCAUUAGUACGAUGUGGCGCGGGUAUGUGGAUCCGAGGAGGGUGCUUCUAGGGUGCGGUAUGAGGCUGUUUGUGUUGGCGGCAGAGCUGGAUCAGUUAAUGAAGAUGGAGUUAAUGGAGAAGACGACGGCGGAGUAUGCUGGGGCGCUGAAACAGAUUGGGAAGGAUGGGUAUGAUAUUAAAAAGGGGGAGGUGGAGUUUGCUUCUGUGGAGGGAAGCGGUCAUCAUUUAAUGAAUGAUCUGCAGUUUGAAGACGCGGCAAGGACAUUUGAGGACUGGUUGGAAAAGUUGAAUCAUGACGAAUAACGAUCAAUGGAAUGGCGCUGAUAUUUGGGUUCCGAUCUGGGCGGCUUUUUGUAAUGGUUGCUGGCACAACUUAGGGGAUUCUGGAAUAAUAUUCUCGUCAUCAAGACGCAUAACAACUAGAGAGCACAAGAGCACAAGAGC